AUGGGAUCUGCCACCCCGAGUGCGGCUGGGGUGGCGGAUCUUCAGGUGAUCCUUAUUUCCUAUGAAUUCAACACCAGGAAGUUUUUAAUGGUCAUCACCAGACGCAGCGUCCUACCACAGCUUCAACAGCAGGCAGCACUCGGACACUGCCGACAACUAGUCCCCUCCCCGCCCCACCCACCAUCAGCCACACCAGUCCCUACCACAGCCUCUGUCCCCCGCCCCACACCAGGAGCGACUCAGAGCUGCCCUCCGCUGCGCCCCCUGCUCCCCCUACAGCAGCAGCAGCAGCAGCAACAGCCACAGCAGGUGUACAGCUGGCCCUACCCUCCACAACCACAGCAGUUCCAGUACCCUUAUGAUGCAGCUGAGGGGACUGACACUGCCACCACCACCACCACCACUGCCACCACCGCCACAACAAGGGUUAUUCAGGUGUUGCCCCAAUAUGCUUCAACCCCACAGCCCCACUCCCCCAUGACAGUGCAGGCAGGGAAUGUCAUACAGGUUGUUCCAGGGAGGUGGAGGUGGGCCACACACACCUGGGUUACCUGUGGCUUGGCUGAUCUCCCUCCUCCAGCAGCAAAUCCCAAGAAUCAACGAGGACAUUGUGGACCCAGAGAUUGCAACAGCAGCAAGAGAGAGAGAGAAGCAAGAGAGGAGGGAGAGGAAGGAGAGGAGGAGGAGAGAGAGAGGGAAGCCAGGAGGGAGGCACGUCAGAGAGAGAGGGAGAGGAAGAGGUUGAUUCUAUUACAACAACAACUGCAACAACAACAACAGUUAGUCAGUGAGGAGGGGGAGGGUCCGUCCUCUGAUGCUGAGGAUGAGGUAUUGUUCAGGGAGGCCAUGUCCGAGGUGCCAGUGGUGGGGUCGCCAGUUCCAGAGUACGAAGUGGAGGAGGAAGAGGAAGAAGAGGACGAGGAGGAGGCACGGAUGAGGAAGAAGAAAAGAUUAUUAGCUGUAGCCCUCCCUCCAGCUGAUAAGGGGAUAUUAAUGAGGCCUUCCUACAGUUACGAGACCCAGAUGGUGUUCCUCGGCCUUUAGAUCUGAACUUCUUCAAGUAUUCUGCCUCAGUGGCUCGUUCCCCAUCCUUCAUCAACAUGAGGGAGGUGUCUUGUCGCUUCAAGCUGCCCCCUGGCACUUACUGCAUUGUGCCAUCCACCUUUGAGCCUAAUGAAGAAGGAGAGUUCAUUUUGAGAGUCUUCUCUGAAAAAGCCAAUGAAAUGGAG